AUGGGCAGUCCUCUAUCGCCGAUUCUUGCCGACAUCGUAUUAGACAGCAUCAUAGAUACUACAGUUAAAACAUUCAGUUUCACAAUUCCAGUCUUAGGCAAAUAUGUCGAUGAUCUGUUUCUCGCUAUUCCGAAGGACAAAGCCCAAAUUGUUUUGGAACAGUUCAAUAAACAGGAAGAACACCUACAAUUCACCGCAGAAAUAGAACAGAACAGCCGCCUACCCUAUCUUGACAUGGUAGUUGUUCGUAAGGCAGAUCAAUCACUCAGAACAGAAUGGUAUUCCAAACCCAUAUCAUCCGGCCGUUUACUCAACUUCCACUCAUUCCACCAGCUCAGAUACAAAAUCAACGUAGCAAACAACUACAUUCAUCGAGUGUAUGCUUUGUCAACAAAUCACGACCGAGAAACACUAAAAGGAAUUAUUUUCCAAAACCUACACGCAAACGACUAUCCCAAAACUCUCAUUAACAACCUCUUGCAACAGUAUUUUAAAAAACAGCGAAGGAGCACCCAACCAGCACAUCGGGUGUUGGCGGACUCACCACCUGCAACAUUAGCCCCGCCAGACAGUGAUCCAGGAACCACACUAAACACUACCUACCGAUCCAUAAUCAGCAUUCACGGACUGACACAACGCAUCAUCAGCAUUUUCAAGCAUGACUACAGCUCUUUAAGAUUAGCCAGCAGACAAAUACACACCGUAGGAUCACUUCACAGCAAAGUUAAAGACCCGAUUCAUACCAUGCAGCAACAUAAUGUGGUCUACAAGAUUCCCUGUUAUAGCUGCCCAGGUGUGUAUAUUGGUAUGACAAAGAACUUGUUAAAAAGUAGAUUAUCCGGCCAUAAGUCCAACGUAAACAAACUCGAUAAUUUGAUACAAGAUCAGACCACCACAACAGAUAGCCGAGUGGCCUCUCUCGGAGCACAAACAGCUUUAAUAGAACAUUGUAUGCAAUACCAGCAUAGGUUCGCAUUUGAGAAGACCACGAUAGUAGAUCGCACAUUCCGCUCAUCGUCUCUCCCAUAUUUAGAAAUGUGUCACAUUACUAAUACACCCCAUACCGUCAACAGUCGCUCAGAUGUAGACAAUCUUAGCGUCAUAUACGCAGCUAUAUUACACACCACAAAGAAUUAUUUCGCCCGCAAAAAGUCCACUCCACCAUAAGCUCUAUUUGAAACAAUUCCACACCAGCACUGAAACAUUUCACUUUCUACACAGAACUAUAUUUCACCCAUUUUGUACGUCUGCUCUAAACAAGAUCGAUCAUAGCCAAAGAAUAUUUAACCAAAUGUGUAAAUUCAUCGUUAUUGCAGUAAGUCCAGAUUCAGUUUAAAUAGUUAGUCAAAGUUUGUGUGUAGCUCGUUAAAUUUAUUGUGUAUUAUUUGUAGCGUUUGUGCCAGAAGCAAAAUCCCCAUAUAUUGACCAUACACUUACAUGUCAGUGAUAUUAACGAGGAACGAUAAUCAGUUUUUUCUCCCCUGAAGAAGGCGCAAACAAGGCGUCGAAACGUUGGGAUUUAAAAGCAAACAAAUCGUUUUAAUCCACUAAGGACUGUAAAAAAGCCGUUCAAAUUUCUAGAUAACAAUAAUCCAGUCGA